AAAAUGACUUUUCUGUAACCCUGGCAAACCCGUCACCAUGGUAACAGCAGUUUGUGUCGAGCAGCAGCAACACAGACAGACGAGUUCUUUCUCGCUUAUUAUAUUAAUGUCAUUUGAGGGUAAUUUAGUAAACUAAGCAAUUCAUUUUAUUCCACAACUUUGCAAUUGGUCCUUUGACAGAAAUUACCACCGCCCUUCCUGUCGGUGCUGAUCAAGAGAGAGAGAGAGAGAGCUGCCAGCUGAGAGAAAGAACCACUGAUGUCUGGGGAAGAAGUGAUCAAGGUUUCCCUCAUCUUUCCAAAUGGAGACAGAUAUGAAGGAGAGUCCUUAAAGUCGGCCUCUGGAGUAAUGGUGAGAACUGGUGUUGGUAAACAGACAACAGCAAAUUUGAUCAUAUACACCGGAGAGUGGCUAGAGGACAAGAUGAAUGGCAAAGGGACCCUGCAGUAUCCCUCUGGAGUCAUGUACGAAGGAGAAUUCAAAGACAACAUGUUCCACGGCAUGGGAACAUAUACCUUCCAAGAUGGCUCCAAUUACAAAGGUCAAUUUCUCGAGAACAGGAUGGAAGGAGAAGGAGCUUUCACUAACACACAAGGCAUGGUUUGGACGGGAGAGUUUCACGGCAAAGCAGCGCUGGGCCUGAUGAUGCAGCACAAUAUUUAAGCCAGAUCAAACAUUAUUGUUCUGCUGUGUACAAAACAUUGUACAAUACUUUAUAUUGUGAAUCAGAAAAUUAUUUAUUCCAUUAAGGAAUUAUAAUCUGCAGAUUUGUGAAUUAAAUACUGACUGAGGAUCACAUGUGUUUCUGUGUAUUCAUUGUUAAAUAGCCAUGCAACCAGUGAGUCAUGUAUCUUCCUCUGAGUCACGCUCUCAGCUCUGUAUCCUGCUCUACUAGUUGUGUUGCUCAGAGUGUCUUUUUGUGUGAGCAGGAAAUAUCACUCAGGGGUUAUUUUUUUCUUACCAUAAUUAACUUUUAAUGCACGACUCAAAUAAAUCCAGGACAUUUUCUGUCAAGAUAUUUCUUUGGAAACUUUUUGUUUAGUUGCUUCGACCCCACUUUAGUUUUGACUAGUGAUUAAAACCUGAACAUUUGAAUCACCUUUCACUUGUUAUACUGUACACUGUAUUUUGACUCUGAGGCUGAACGACAAGCAUAGCGCCGUUUAACAUCACAGGAGGGCAUAUGCUCACAACCCCAUUCGCAGCAGCUGUACCCGAACUGCUGGAACAUUGGCCCGA